CCCGUGGAAUCAAAAUAGUCUCUUCUCUUUAGUCACAUUUCAAACACAAAUGUGCAGCUAAAUGGCCUUGAAACGUAAACCAAGCGUGUAUCUGAUCUCAUAGCUGCUGUCUGGUGUUUAAAUAACGUUGGUUGUCCCCAAUAUGCCUGUUGUUUUCUCAGCGGCAGUUUAACGUCAUUUCACCGUAACUUUGCGGGACCUCGUAUCCAUCUCUGGCGUGCAGAAGACUAUGAGCAAAGAGUCCAGAAUGAGGGCCACGGUGAACCAGAAGCUGACCGAGAUGGGGGAACGAGAGAGACUGAAGGAGUUACUGAGGGCUAAGCUCACUGAGUGCGGAUGGAAGGAUCAGAUGAAAGCUCACUGCAAAGAAGUGAUCAAAGACAAAGGCUUGGAGCACGUCACCGUGGAGGACCUGCUGGUAGAGAUCACCCCUAAAGGAAGAGCUUUGGUGCCGGACAGCGUCAAGAAAGAGCUCCUCCACCGAAUAAGGGCCUUCUUGGCUCAGCAUGCCACAUAGUUAUACUUUAUAACAUUUUAACUUCCCCAUACUAUCAUGAUAUAACACAUGUUUAGUGCAUUCAUUUAUCUAGAAUAUGUAGACACAUACUUACACACUUUUCUUGUUCCUAUAUUUUUACUAAUUCUGUGGGACACACGUAUCAUGUAUUUGUUAAUGCACUUACUUUGUAUAACAGAUGUUCAGGGUUAAUAAGGUCUAGAUUUAUUGAGCAGCAGUUAUUUUAAAUACUAUAAUAUAUAAACAUAUACAAACUAUUUUACAUUUGAAUUGAAGCUUUUAUUUUCAAAUUGAAUCAUUUGUGGCAGUUCUUGGUUCAUUAUAUUAAUUUAUGAGGAAACCGAUGAAGUAAGUGCUAAAAAUAUCACUUACUCUUUUAAAUUGUUGGGGACCAUCCCAUUGCUCACAUCAUGUAUGACGGCCUUUAGAUGGUAAAGUUAUUCAUUGCCUGUAAAACCGAUGUCGAAGUCAUUUGGACAUAAUUAAAAUACUUAUAAAAAGGUUAAGAUUAACAUAUGUUGGUUCCUGUUAAUAUCCUCUUUCCGGCCACACUGCAAUUUAGCAAUUAAUUCUCCCGGAGCAUUUAUCAAUUGGUGCAAAUCCUUUUUCAUAAGCACUGCACAUCUAAAUGAGGAUUUGUAUGUGUUAUUGCAGGUAUCAAUGCAGCAUCCAGUUUUAUACCUUAUCUAUCAAACUAAAAUAUGAUGGUUAUUCACCACAAAUCAGUCAACUAGUCCUGUAAAUGAACGUUUUCCACUUAAAUCCCAAAGGACCACUUUUCUGUAACGAAAAGCCAGUUGCUGCUUUCACAAAUUUAAAACAAUGUAACACAAUGUGGAGAGGGCGGGGCAAGACUGACAUUGUCCAAAAAUAAACAGGAGUGACCCUGCUCACAGGGAGCGGUGCAGGCACCAAUGGACCAAUGGCCCUCCCAGAAA